CGCCCGCACCUCGGUCGCCUCCGCCGCGUCCUCGCGUCCUCGCCUCGCCGCCGCGGGCAGCGGCCGCCUGUCGUCCGCCGGCGCCCCGGGAGCCGCGGGGGAGCCCGCCGGCGCCGCACGUAUCCUGGGUCAUGAAACUUAAUCCACAACAAGCUCCAUUAUAUGGCGACUGUGUGGUGACGGUCGUACUCGCUGAAGAAGACAAAUUGGAUGACGAUGUGGUCUUUUACUUGGUAUUUUUGGGCUCCAGCCUCCACCACUGUUCAAGUACUCGGAAGGUCAGUGCUGACACGCUGGAGACCGUCGCUCCUGGCCACAACUGCUGUGAGACAGUGAAGGUGCUGCUCUGUGCCUCCAGGGAGGGCCACCCUGUGCUGGUGGUUACUGAAGGGGACUUCCAGUUCAUCCAGGAUGAGGCGUAUGACGCGGCCCAGUUCCUGGCCACCAGCGCCGGGAAUCAGCAGGCUCUGAACUUUACACGCUUCCUUGACCGCUCAGGACCUCUGACCGGGGACGUGGACUCCUUGGACCGGAAGGUGGCCCUGGCCUUCCGACACCUGAAGCUGCCUGCCGAGUGGAACGUGUUGGGGCCCGACCAGACUCUGCAUGAUGGUGCCCCCCGGGAAACACUCAUGCAUUUUGCUGUGCGGCUGGGACUGCUGAGGUUGACGUGGCUCCUCUUGCAGAAGCCUGGUGGCCGAGGAGCCCUCAGUGUCCACAACCGGGAAGGAGCGACGCCUGGGAGCCUGGCCUUGGAGCGAGGGUACCACCAGCUGCACCAGCUCCUCACCCAGUAAGCUGCC